UGGAACAAAGCAGCCAGCAAUAAACCUCCUUCAGGAAAUUGGGUUGUAAAUCUCUCACUGCUUCCGAGAAGCAGAUUUAAACACUGUUCGCAGUUCAAAGAGGAGAAGCUCAUCCUGACCCGCAUCUGAGAGCACCCACACCUCCCCUGGUGGGCGUCAGGCUGAGUAUAAAACCUGCCAUUCUUCAAGGCAUCUACCCACAGAAAUGCCCACAUCUUGCUCAGGCAAAAGGCUUGGCACCCAAUCAGACUGAGAACCCCAAGCACUGGUCAAUCAACAGGCCCUGGGUUGAGUGCAGAUGACGGAAAACACCAGCGUCCUUCACAACUUGAUCUCUGACUGGGACAUGGGAGAAACCACGUCCAAUACUUCACUGGGGAAUACCUCAAUAGAGGCCAAUGCCACCAGUUGCACGACAGGGGGAAGGCACAGUUAUAUUUUCCUUAUGAUCCCCAUCAUAUACACCAUCAUCUUUGUGGUGGGGGUCUUGGGAAAUAGCAUGGUGGUGAUCGUUAUUUAUUGCUACCUGAAAUUGACAACAGUUGCCAACGUCUUCCUGUUGAACCUCGCCCUGGCUGAUCUGAUCUUCGUGAUAACCUUGCCCUUCUGGGCGGCCUACACGGCCAUGAAGUACCGUUGGACCUUCGGAAACUUCCUGUGCAAGACCAGCGCCACCGUUGUGCUGCUGAACAUGAACGCCAGCGUCUUCCUGAUCACCUGCCUCAGCGUGGACCGCUACCUCGCCAUCGUGCACCCCGUAAAGUCGAGGACCAGGCGCACCGUGGUCCACGCCCGGAUAGCUUGCAUCGGGGUCUGGCUCCUGGCAGGAUUUGCCAGCCUGCCUGCCACCUUCUUCCGCAAUGCAUCUCACUACGACCACUGGAAUCGAACCAUCUGUGCGUUCGAUUACCCUCAGAAGUACCAGAAGCAGUGGAUAUUUGGCAUGGCAUUGCUGAAAACCCUGCUGGGAUUUCUAAUCCCACUUCUCAUCAUUUUGGUCUGCUAUUCCCUCAUCAUCAAGAGCUUAGUGCAGACCUACCAGGUUCGAAGAAACAGGCCAACAAGCAACGAAGCAUUUAAACUCAUCGUGGCGGUUGUUGUGUCUUUCAUUUUGUGCUGGCUUCCGUUCCAAGUCUUCACGUUCCUGGAUGUGCUCUCCCGCUUAGAGAUCAUUCAAAACUGCCGCAUCCCUGAAAUUGUCGACACUUCGAUUCCCUUCACCAUCUGCAUGGCUUACUUCAACAGUUGCCUGAACCCCAUCCUCUAUGGCUUUGUUGGCCACAACUUCAGAGAAAAACUCUUCCUCUUCCUGAGGUGCAUGCCCCCUGAGAUCAAGAAUCACUCCAGUCUGUCGACCAAACUGAGCUCUUUAUCGUACCGGACCAUAGAAUCACUGACAAAGCAGAUGGACAUCUCGAGUGCAGUGUAGGCUACCUUCCCAGUCCACCAGGAUUUCCACAUGUGCUCCAAUUCCAUUACUGAUCAAUGGUGAGUUUGGACUGAUUGCAAAGCAGUACAGUGACCUAGAUUACGAUGGCUCUGUCCCUAGAUUCAUUUCUGUACAUAAAACUGAAAAAAACCCUCUAUAGCAAUCCCUUCAAUUGGAAAUUCAGCCACUCGGGGAAGGAGAAGCAGAAACCAGAGUAGGUGGCCAACAAGGCAAGAAGAUGUGAAAUUCCUCAGCUUAUUGCAACUGGAGGUUCAAGUCCAAUAGUGUGGGUUAGCCCUAUUUGAAAUGAUGAGUUACGAUAGGAAAAGGAAUGUUUGCUCCUCUUUGCCACAGCAGCUCUCAAAUCCUGACCUCUAUCACAGCAAAGGAGAAAACAUCAGGCAGAUGGGAACACUGAACUCCUGCCAGUUUCCCUCGAAGUCACACAUCACUUUGGACUUGAAAAUAUGUCCCUGUUCCUUUACCGUCACUGGAUCUAAAUCCCCGAACUCCCUUCACCAAGAGCACUGUGGAAGAACAUUCAUCAGUAGGACAACGGCAGUUCAAGCAGGGGAUUUGUCACCAUCUUCUCAAGGGCAAUUGGGUUGUAAAUGCUGGUCUUGCCAAUAAUGCCCUCAACCGUUAUGUAAACUGUCCCAUGUAUCAAGAUGAAUGUGCAUUCUUUCAGACAUCUACCUGUUCCACCUUUACUCAGACUCAAGGUAAAAGUUCAUGGAAUGAAGCAGGGUUUGCCUAACCAAUAUGCUGGUAGGGCCCCUAAUACUGCUUCCUCAGUGCUAAUCAACAGAACCCUCACAACCUACAAUCUGCUGCAACAUUUCGUUAAGUAUAUUCUUCACCCAACACAGUCCUGACAGAGAGGAGAGUUUCUGCUCCAGAGUCCUAGGUGUGGAAAGAUGUGAUGAUCAUUCAGGAACCACCAACCUGCUCUGCUCUUCAUUCUAAUGGCCGUUCCCAGGACUUGAGACUACAUCACUGAGCUGAUGGUGAAAUGGGGCUGCAAGCGUCCUGUCCUCUGAUUUCUCCAAAAUACGUCGCUAUCACCAACCAGAAUUUGGCCAAGGAAAGUGCAGAGUUUCUUCACCAUUUUCCAUAUGCAGGAGCAUUCAGAGGAAAAGCUGGGCAUGGGAAAACGAUCUGGGUUUUGGCGUUUCUUUUGUGGCAUUGGAAACUCAUUACAAGCCACAAUAGACUUGUUCUUGCACUACACACUUAACAAUAUAUUACCAUUGCAAGAUGAUUCCCAUUGGCAAACAAUGUUCGACAGUACACUGCACAGGGUGAUAUUUUCUCGCAUUUUCUUACCACAUGGAUGGAGGCCAGUCAGCCCAUUGAGUUAUGCUAGCCCUCAGAGCAUUCCUAUUUCCCCACAACUUAUUCUCUCCCAUAUACCCAUUAACUCUCCCUGACUCUCCCGCCACUCAUUCACACUCGGGGCAACUAGCCUAGCAACCUGCACACCUUUGGGAUGUGGGAGGAAAGGGGAGCACCCGGGGCAAACCCACGUGGUUGCGGAGAGGACGGGCAAACUCCUCACAAAUAGCACUGGAGGUCAGGAUUGACCCAGGUUGCUGGAUCCACGAGGCAGCACCACUAACUGCUAUGGCAUUCCAGGAGAAACAUUUGGUUUUAUGGGAGAAAGAGAGUUUAGAGAGAGAAGUGCAGAGUGUAUGGCCUUGACCAUUAAGGCACAGACUCCGAUGGUGGAAUGAUUAAAUUUGCUGAUCUAAAGGCUGUAGUUGGAGGGCUGCUAAAACCACAGAGAAACAAAUUAUUCACCAGGAGGAAAAGAUUUGCUGAGAUAUAACAAACUCCAUAACCGCUCACCAUCCCCGACUUUUGUACAUUGGAUGUGAACAUUGAGAGGCCAACAAGCAGAGAGCGCCCCUCCUGGUGGGAGGUCCACCUUCUUUCCACUGGUGGAAGGGAAAGAAUCCUCCCAGGAGCAGCCCAGCAGUGUGGGAGUGUCCCAACUUCCAGCUGCCUGAGCAGGCCGCUGAUCUCCAGGAGAAGCCAGAGUGGGGUGGUCUUAUUGCUGACUGACUGGUGGUGGGGGGUUUAUUUGGUGGUGUAGCCAGAGCAGCAAAAGUCCAGGAUGAUCUUGGAGUCAUACAGCACGGAAACAGGCCUUUCGGCCCAACCGGUCCAUGCCGACCAAGAUACCCAUCUAAGCUAGUCCCAUUUGGCCCAUAUCGCUCAGAAACUUUCCUAUCCACGGACCUGUCCAAGUGCCUUUUAGAUGUUGUCAAUGUACCUGCCUCCACCACUACCUCUGGAAGCUCGUCCCAUAUACCAACCACCCUCUGGGUGAAAAAGUUGCCCCUUGGUCUUGAAGAACCCAGCGGGUCAUCCUAACCCUGAAACCAACCCAUUGUUUCAUUUCUGACUGGACCACGGAAAAUCCCAAAUGAACUCCUGCUUAUCUUAUGAGGGUUUUUGUGUUAAAUACCCAAUCACUGCCUCAGACAUGCCUAGUCUGCCCUGUUCCCCCUUAGCUCUAGGGAAAGACUAGGUGCCUAACAUGGGAACAGCACAAGAAGCCAACCGCUAUCACUGUCGGAUCACCUUUGGUUCCAGUCAGGAGAUCUGGAAAUCCCUUCCCAUCUUGGAGUCCGGUUUCAGCUUUAUUGGUAUUGGUAUUGGUUUAUUAUUGUCACUUGUACUGAGGUACAGUGAAAAACUUGUCUUGCAUACUGAUUGUACAGGUCAAUUCAUUACACAGUGCAGUUGCACUGAGUUAGUACCGAGUGCAUUGAGGUAGUACAAGUAAAACCAAUAACAGUACAGAGUAAAGUGUCACAGCUGCAGAGAAAAUGCAGUGCAGCAAGAUGCAGGGUCACAACGAGGUAGAUUGUGAGGUCAGAGAGUCCAGGUCAUCGUACAAGGGAACCAUUCAAUAGUCUUAUCACAGUGGGGUAGAAGCCAUCCUUAAGCCUGGUGGUACGUGCCCUCAGGCUCCUGUAUCUUCUGCCUGAUGGAAGAGGAGAAAAGAGAGAAUGACCCGGGUGGGUGGGGUCUUUGAUUAUGCUGGCUGCUUCGCCAAGGCAGUGAGAGGUAAAGGCAGAGUCCAAGGAGGGGAGGCUGGUUUCCGUGAAGCGCUGGGCUGUGUCCACAACACCCUGCAGUUUCUUGCGGCCGAGGGCAGAGCAGUUGCUGUACCAAGCUGUGAUGCAUCCAGAUAGGGUGCUUUCUAUGGUGCAUCGAUAAAAGUUGAUGAGUGUCAAAGGGGACAUACUGAAUUUCUUUAGCCUCCUGAGGAAGUAGAGGCACUGGUGAGCUAAAAUUCCUGGGAAGCGCAAUCAGAGGAGAGUCUGCCAACCACAAAUCCAGCAAUGGAUUAAUCCCUCUCUGCCUGUUGUGUUCAAGGUAUUUUCACAUAAACACAUACUAAUCAAAUAGAUGUUACACAAAUACUGGAUGUAUAACAUUGCUGCAAUUUGACAAAGUUAUCCUGUGUUGCCGAUAACUGAGCUUGGCUAGCAUGUAUUAUAGAAAUUUACAGCCUUGGAGACAAUUCAGCCCAUUGCCUCCAUGCCUGCAUGCUCAAAGGAUAUGUGUUUACAUUGUGCAAUUCAAACCUGCUAUCUUAAUUACGGGAGUUAAGGUUGUGAGGCACUCAAAGGAUUCUCAGAAUGGAGAGGAAAUGAGAUGCAAAUUAGGUUGCCAAAGACAUCAGGUUUCCACUUUUCUCUCCCCAAAAGAAAUGAAGACCUCAGGCUGAUUUGUCGGCUGGUCACAUCCAGCAGAUCACCAAGGUGUGGAGAGAUUUCAUGUGCAGGUCAACUCUCUGAGUCACAGUCCCUGAGAGUCACUCCCAGCCAAAGGAAUGAGGAACUAAUAGAACAGUACAGCACAGCAACAGGCCCUUCAGCCCACAAUGUCUGUGCCAACCAUGAGGCCAAAUUAAAUUAAUCCCAUCUGCCCACACAUGAUCCUUCUCCUUCCAUUCCCUGCUUGUUCACAUGCCUCUCGAACAUUGCUGUCUUACCUGCUUCCACUACUUCCCCUGGCAGUGUGUUCCAGGCAUCUUCCAUUUUCCUUGUAAAACCCUCGCCUCCUUUAAAUUUUCCCCCUCUCACUUUAGAGCUAUGCCCCUGGUGUUUGACAUUUUCACCCUGGGAAGAAGACUCUAUCUCCAUAUAAUAAAUACUAGCAUGACCAGUGACUGUGAAUGAGUAGUAAAGAAAACAAGGUUUGCAUGCCAUUGUGUCAAUCACUAGACGAGAUAAGAUUUCUUUAUUAGUCACAUGUACAUCGAAACACACAGUGAAAUGCAUCUUUUUGCAUAGAGUGUUCUGGGGGCAGCCUGUAAGUGUCACCAAGCUUCCGGCGCCAACAUAGCAUGACCACAGCUUCCUAAUCUGUACGUCUUUGGAAUGUGGGAGGAAACCAGAGCACCUGGAGGAAACCCACGCAGUCACAUGGGGAGAACGUAGAAACUCCUUACAGACAGUGGCCAGAAUUGAACCCGGGUUGCUGGCGCUGUUAUGGUAUUACGCUAACCGCUACGCUAUCUAUAGAAACAUAAAAAACCGGAACAAGACAAGUCUAUUCCGCACUUCAAUCCUGCGCCACCACUUGCGACUAAUCAUCCACCUCAAUACUGUACUCCCUUUCUCUCCACAUGCCCCUUGAUGCCUUUUGCACUGAAAGGAACACAUCAAUGUGUUCGCUGCAAUGACUCUCUGUGUGGCAACUCACCCUAUGAAACUUCAUUCAAUGCAGCACUGCCUACCAUUUUGUAAACUUUCAGCUGUUGGGCGUUGCGUACAACUUGUGUACAGUGUAUUUGAUAAUUUAUCGUGUCUGAUUCUCUUUGGUAUUGCCUUUUUGUAAGCACUUGGUUCUCAAAUAAAGUAUUCCCUCUAUUAUCGCUAGUUAUCUUGAAUAAAAAUA